AGCUGACGGCCGCCGACAAAAGGAGGGAAGCGAUGAAUUCGGACAAUUUAACCUCCCGGAGCUUCCUCUCUGCCAUUCACAGCAACGCCAGCAAUUUAUUCUCAGGGCUCCAGUUUGUUCAGACCUUCAAGCCGCUGAUCAUCCCCUGCUACUCGCUAGUGGUUUUUAUCGGGGUGAUUGGGAAUUACCUUCUCAUUUAUGUCAUCUGCAAGACGAAAAAAAUGCACAACGUCACCAACUUCCUGGUAGGCAACCUGGCUUUCUCAGACAUGCUCAUGUGUGCAACCUGCGUGCCCCUGACACUUGCUUAUGCCUUUGAGCCCAGAGGGUGGGUGUACGGGCGCUUCAUGUGCUACUUUGUGUUCCUGAUGCAGCCCGUCACUGUGUUCGUGUCUGUCUUUACCCUGACUGUCAUAGCUGUGGACAGGUACUGUGCCAUGGUGCACCCCUUCCGCAGGAGGCUCACAAUCCCCAUUUGUGCUUACAUCCUGGCUGCUAUUUGGCUGCUGAGCUGCACCUUGGCUGCACCAGCCUUGGUCCACACUUACCACGCGGAGUUCCCAGAACUGGACUUCUCCAUCUGCGAGGAGUUUUGGUUCCACAAGAAAAGAGACCGCUUAGCUUAUGCCUACAGCACUCUCAUCAUCACCUACAUACUGCCUUUGGCUGUCAUCUCCCUGUCCUACCUGAGAAUCUCAGUCAAGCUGAAGAACCGUGUAGUCCCAGGCAAUGUCACCCAGGGCCAAGCUGAGUGGGACCGAGCAAGGAGGAGGAAGACUUUUCGCUUGCUAGUCUUAGUGGUGGCAGCCUUUGGGGUCUGCUGGCUGCCUCUGCACAUCUUCAACAUGAUAAAGGACAUAGACAUCAGCUUGAUCGACAAGCAGUACUUCAACUUCAUCCAGCUGCUGUGCCACUGGUUUGCAAUGAUGUCUGCUUGUACUAAUGCCUUCCUUUAUGCCUGGCUCCACGACAGCUUCAGGGGGGAGCUGAAGAAAAUGUUUGCCUGGAGAAAGAAGAAAAUUGGACCCACUACAAACUGCAUUAUGGCCAGUGUGGUGCUGUAAACAAGGGCUGAUGAGAGUACA